GGAGCGCUCUUAAUUCAAAUGAGCACUUCCUGUAUGAGACCAGAUCAGCAAGUGGACACAUCUGCUGGGGACCGAAUCAAUCCAACAAACUGCAACAUGGACAAAGUGAGGACUUACACAGGAGGGGGACCUCAGCACAAACACCUAACCAGCUUUUCAUCCAGCCUUGUUUCCUUCUCUCUUGGUCUAAUUACCACAUCCGGCUUAUUGUCCUCCUGAUGACUGUAAUUAAUCAAGUUCGGCUGCCUAAUCUCUGGAUCCUCAUCCGCACAGCACACCAGGGCCAGCCACACCGGAUACUAGCCUGAUGUCAGCUCUUUUGGACACAGUAAUUGUGUGCUUGUCUGCAACUUUGCGUGCAACUGCAAAUUCCACAGGCUCAUCUUGCUUGUUGUUUAUUUUAAAGUCAGGAGUGUGUUUUUCAACUGGGCAUUAAUGGUAAAAGUGUCAAAAAGUUUUUCUUCUCUUCCCUUCAUCACUCGUCCCAGGACUCCCUGAGUCUCGUCCUCACUUGAGCUGCAGAUAGAUUACCGUGUUUUUAAUCUGCUCUCUGAGUGACAUCACCCCCUCCACACACUCCUUACAGGACACGGGGUGAGGGAGGGGGGGAGGGAAAGCUGGACCGGGCAGGGAAGGUGAAUCAGCUCAGCAGGAACACACCGGCUCACUCUUAUCUUCCUUCAUCAUCGUCAUGGCAGCGGAGGGGGACACAAACAUGGAGGAGAUGCUGGAUCAGGACGUGGGGAUGGAGGUCCGAGGCCUGCUGAGGAGACCCUCGCUGAAGGAGAGCUAUCACGGUGAAGCCCUGUUGGCACCGGACACGGACUUCAUGACAGACGACCGCAGCUCAGCGACCAGCGGCCUGGAUGUGACCGACCGCCUUACCUAUCUCGAGCAGAGGAUGCAAAUGCAGGAAGAUGAAGUCCAGCUGCUAAAGAUGGCCCUGGCAGAUGUUCUCAAGAGGCUCAACAUCUCUGAGGAGCACCAGGCUGCAGCAGCAGCAGGAAGGAGAGCACCAGGAGUCAAAGCCAGGCCCCUAUCUCUGGCUCUGUCCUCCAGACCCUCCUCUGUGACUUCCAGUGCUGCUUCCCUGAGGAAGAGCUCAACGCUGCCCUCUGGUGCCACAGCCAGGAACUACAGCGUCACACCACCCAGAAGUGGUGUGAGGAGCCCCUCAGGUAGAGUGAAGGACAGCCCAUGCAAGAGCACUAAAACACAACCCAUGUCUGCAGCUUCAGCCUGUACGAAGAUCCCAGACGGCAAAUCCCAGGAGGGUGCAGUGAGUACAGGAAGUAGGCGUGUGACACACUGCAAAGUGACUAUGCAGAUCUAUCUGAGCCCCCUCGCAAGAAAGACUGGGUCUUCUGAGGCUGCCAAGUCUGCGUCAGCGGUCCCGGCCGACUUCAGGCCUGUGGAAGAUCCCAGGCCGAUGCCCACAAAGGGGACCAGCAGGCUAGAAGGGAAGAAAUCCACCCCGUCCUUCACCUUAAACCUCCAGAAAACCCUAAGCAGCCAGACUGCACCGCAGGAGAUGUCCAGUUAUAAAAGUCCCAUUAAGUCUCCCAGCCAGUACUUUCAGAUAUGUUACUGAAAUGAAAAGAAAUUACUGAGUUUUCUCCAAAUGUCUCUAAAAAUCAAUAAAUCUGAAGUUGAUCAGCGACUGAGACUAUACUGUUAAUGCAGAACACUGACUUUUUAAAUGUUUCAUCUUUAUUUCUAAUGAGAAUAGAAUAAGCUCGUGUGCAUUUUAGCAUUUCCAUAAGACUUUGUCUCCCUGCUUGUUUUUUACAGUCUUUUAGCAUCAGCGAGCUAUGAGUGUGGUUGGGAGAUGAUUUAAUACGGUUCUGGUCUGUUUAACACGAAGUAAGUUGUGUUUGUGUGGUUACUAGAUCACCCAAAAACCUGCUCUUACUUAGGAGAAUCAAUAAAAGCUCUUAUCACAAAUGAA